GAAAACCUCAGAGGGCUCAAGUUUGCAUGUCAGGCCUGGGAAAGAACUGGAGAAAGAAGAGAGGUUUUCAUGUAGCCACCGAUCACUUAGACGCGGACUGGACCCCACACCCUCCGGCUCCAUUCGGCCCCAGUCUCAGCCCUAGCCCCAGCCUUGACCCAGGCCCGGGUCCAGCCAGCCCUACCAUGACAAAUGACUAUCAAGAUCUUCAGCAUCUGGACAACGAGGACAGUGACCAUCAGCUCAGACAAGCGCCACCCCCUCCCCAGCGGCUCCUGCGGAGGCUCUGCUCAGGACCCUGCUUCCUCCUGCUCUCCCUUGGCCUCGGCCUCCUGCUGCUGGUGGUUGUCUGUGUGAUCGGAUCCCAGAACUCCAAGCUUCGGGACGAGCUGCAGGCCCUGAGCGUCACGUUCAGCAACUUCACGGCAAGCACGGAGGUCGAGGUCAAGGCCCUGAGCAGCCAGGGGGGAAACGUGGGCAGAAAGAUGAAGUCCCUGGAGUCCCAGCUGGAGAAACAGCAGCAGGAGCUGAGUGAAGAUCACUCCAGCUUGCUGCUGCACGUGAAGCAGUUCGUGUCGGACCUGCGGAGCUUGAGCUGUCAGAUCGCCGUCCUCCACGGCAACGGCUCCGCAGCCACCUGCUGCCCCGUCAACUGGGUGGAGUACGAGGGCAGCUGCUACUGGUUCUCGCGCUCCGGGAAGUCCUGGCCCGAGGCGAACAAGUACUGCCAGCUGGAGAACGCGCACCUGGUGGUGGUGGGCUCCUGGGAGGAGCAGAAGUUCGUCCAGCACCACAUGGGGCCUGUGAACACCUGGAUGGGCCUCACCGACCAGAGCGGGCCCUGGAAGUGGGUGGACGGGACGGACUACGAGAAGGGCUUCAAGAACUGGAGGCCGGAGCAGCCGGACGACUGGUACGGGCACGGGCUGGGCGGGGGCGAGGACUGCGCCCACUUCACGGACGACGGCCGCUGGAACGACGACGUGUGCCAGAGACCCUACCGCUGGGUGUGCGAGGCGCGGCGCGACGCGGCCGGCUAGGCGGCCCCUCCCCUAAUUUCUUUCCUGGCCGCCUCGGCCUCCGAGGACGCUCCUGUCUGGGGGUGGGGGUGGGGGGCCUCCUCCGCCUUCUCCGGGGUUUUUGAUCUGGGAUUUUAAGGGAUGUUUAGGGGACAGUGUCUGAGGAACGCAGAGUCACGUCUGGAGGGGCGGGGAGACUGAAACCCGCUUCCCGCAGUUGACAGGUUAUUGUCGACAUUUUUUAGAGGAAGAAAAGAACAGAAUAUUCUAAAUGUUC